AUGGUUAACUUCACCGUUGAGGAGGUCCGCCAAUUGAUGGACAAGGCUACGAACGUUCGUAACAUGUCCGUCAUUGCCCACGUCGACCACGGAAAAUCUACCCUUACCGAUUCCUUGCUCUCCAAGGCUGGUAUUAUCUCCGCCGCAAAGGCUGGUGAUGCCAGAGCUACCGAUACCCGUGCCGAUGAACAAGAGCGUGGUAUUACUAUCAAGUCCACUGCCAUCUCCCUCUACGGUAACCUCCCAGACGAGGACGACUUGAAGGACAUUGUUGGCCAAAAGACCGACGGAAGAGAUUUCUUGAUCAACUUGAUCGAUUCACCUGGUCACGUUGAUUUCUCCUCUGAAGUUACUGCCGCUCUCCGUGUCACUGAUGGUGCUCUCGUUGUCGUCGAUACCAUUGAAGGUGUCUGUGUGCAAACUGAGACCGUCCUCCGUCAAGCUCUUGGUGAGCGUAUUAAGCCUGUUGUUAUCAUCAACAAGGUCGAUCGUGCUCUCCUCGAGUUGCAAGUUUCCAAGGAAGAUCUUUACCAAUCUUUCUCGAGAACCAUCGAGUCCGUCAACGUCGUUAUCUCUACCUACUUCGACAAAACUUUGGGUGAUGUCCAAGUUUACCCAGGUAAGGGAACGGUUGCUUUCGGUUCCGGUCUCCACGGCUGGGCUUUCACCAUCAGACAAUUCGCUCAAAGAUACGCCAAGAAAUUCGGUGUUGACAGAAACAAGAUGAUGGAGCGUCUCUGGGGCGACAACUACUUCAACCCACACACCAAGAAGUGGACCACCAAGUCUUCUCACGAGGGUAAGGAGUUGGAGCGUGCUUUCAACCAGUUCAUUCUCGACCCAAUUUUCCGUAUCUUCGCUGCUGUCAUGAACUUCAAGAAGGACGAGAUCCCAACUCUCCUCGAGAAGCUUAACAUCAAGCUUUCUCCAGAUGACAAGGACAAGGAGGGCAAGCAACUUCUCAAGGUUGUUAUGCGUACUUUCUUGCCAGCUGCUGAUGCUCUUUUGGAGAUGUUGAUUCUCCAUCUCCCAUCCCCAGUUACCGCCCAAAAGUACCGUGCUGAGACCUUGUACGAGGGUCCUCCAGAUGAUGAGGCCUGCAUUGGUAUCCGUGACUGUGACCCCAAGGCUCCUCUUAUGUUGUACGUCUCCAAGAUGGUACCAACAUCUGAUAAGGGACGUUUCUACGCUUUCGGUCGUGUCUUCGCUGGUACCGUCCGUUCCGGUUUGAAGGUCCGUAUCCAGGGUCCUAACUACACCCCUGGUAAGAAGGAUGAUUUGUUCAUCAAGGCCAUCCAACGUGUCGUUCUCAUGAUGGGUGGUAAGGUCGACCCUAUCGAUGACGUUCCAGCCGGUAACAUUCUCGGAUUGGUCGGUAUCGAUCAAUUCUUGUUGAAGUCUGGUACCCUCACCACCAGUGAUACCGCUCACAACUUGAAGGUCAUGAAGUUCUCUGUCUCCCCUGUCGUCCAACGUUCAGUUGAGGUCAAGAACGCUCAAGAUCUCCCCAAGCUUGUCGAAGGUCUCAAGCGUCUCUCCAAGUCCGAUCCUUGUGUUUUGACUUUCAUCUCCGAAUCCGGUGAGCACGUUGUUGCUGGUGCCGGUGAGUUGCAUUUGGAAAUUUGCUUGAAGGAUCUCGAGGAGGACCACGCUGGUGUUCCUCUCCGUAUCUCCGACCCUGUCGUUCCAUACCGUGAGACCGUCACUGGCAAGUCCAGCAUGACUGCUCUUUCCAAAUCCCCCAACAAGCACAACCGUCUCUACAUGAUCGCCGAGCCUCUUGACGAGGAGGUUUCCAAGCAGAUCGAAGCCGGAAAGAUCGGUCCCCGUGAUGAUUUCAAGGCUCGUGCCCGUAUCUUGGCCGAUGAGCACGGAUGGGAUGUCACUGAUGCCCGUAAGAUUUGGUGUUUCGGUCCAGAUACCAACGGUGCCAACUUGUUGGUUGAUCAAACCAAGGCUGUUCAAUACUUGAACGAAAUCAAGGAUUCCGUCGUUUCCGGUUUCCAAUGGGCUUCGAGAGAAGGUCCAAUUGCCGAAGAGCCAAUGAGAUCUUGCAGAUUCAACAUUAUGGAUGUUACCCUCCACGCUGAUGCUAUCCAUCGUGGUUCCGGACAAGUCAUGCCAACCACCCGUCGUGUCUUGUACGCUUCUACCCUCUUGGCUGAGCCAGGUCUCCUCGAGCCAGUCUUCUUGGUCGAGAUUCAAGUACCAGAAUCUGCCAUGGGUGGUGUUUACGGUGUUCUCACCAGAAGAAGAGGUCACGUCUUCGCUGAGGAGCAACGUCCAGGAACUCCUCUUUUCACCAUUAAGGCAUACUUGCCAGUCGGUGAAUCUUUCGGAUUCAACGCUGAUCUCCGUUCCCACACCUCCGGUCAAGCUUUCCCACAAUCCAUCUUCGAUCAUUGGCAAAUUCUUCCAGGUGGAUCACCAAUUGACCCAACCUCCAAGACUGGACAAAUCGUCCAAGAGCUCCGUAAACGUAAGGGUAUCAAGGUUGAGGUUCCAGGUUACGAGAACUACUAUGACAAGCUAUAAAGAACGAAUUUCCAAAAUAAAAGAUACCGUCCUUUCCAUAUUCCCAUGCACAUUUCACAUCAAGAUUAUCUCAAGCUCCGGCGCUUUCAUGAUUUUCUGAGCGAAUGCUCGUUGACCAUUUCGGCUUGAUAGCCAAUCUGGUAUAAAAAGCUAGCCGCACGCCAUGUGAUGGACAGAUGAGCCUUUUCACACUUCUUGAGCUUCUGUUUCAUUUCGAGUCUUCAUGUAUUUAGCAGCAUGGCG